CUUCAGGCUUCCCACUCGGCAAAAAUGCUCCUGACAGCCGUUUUAUAUGCUUCUUAUCUGCCAAUUUGAGCCUGAAAAGAAUCAUCCUCCGUUGAGGUGCAGCCAUCAAUUGUUUUUAUUGCCAUAGAUGAGUAGCAUGAAGCAACGGGAACCACCCAAGUUCCUUUGCAAAUUGGAAAUGGAGGUGGAUAAGAUUAGCAACUUACCAGGACAUAUCAUAGACAAGAUUUUGUCCCAUAUGUCACUGAGGGAUGCUGUAAGAACUAGUGUCUUGUCAAGCAAGUGGAGAUACAAAUGGGAUACACUUCCACACCUCGUAUUUGAUAACCAAUCUGUCUUGGUUUCAUCACAAGAUCAGACCCUAAUUAAGAAUAAGCUUGUUAACAUUGUUGACCAUGUCCUUUUACUCCAUUCUGGGCCGAUACAAAAAUUUAAGCUCUCUCACCGUGAUGUUCAAGGUGUCAGCGAUAUUGAUAGAUGGAUCCUGUUUUUAUCAAGAGGCGCCUUAAAGGAAUUUGUUCUUGAGAUAUGGAAAGGCCAUAGAUACAAGCUCCCAUCAUCUAUAUACUUUUGCCAAAACUUGAUUCACUUGGAGCUCUUUAAUUGUCUUUUAAGACCCCCAGCUACGUUUGAUGGGUUUAAAAAUUUAAAGAGCAUAGAUCUUCAGCACAUUACAAUGGACCAAGAUGCAUUUGAGCAUCUAAUAUCUAGUUGCCCUUUGCUUGAGAGACUUACACUCAUGAAUUUUGAUGGUUUCACGAAUCUUAAUAUUCAUGCGCCGAAUCUUCUUUUCUUUGACAUUGGAGGUGUAUUUGAAAACGUGAGCUUCCAGGAUACUUUCCAGCUAGCUGUAGUGUCCAUUGGAUUGUAUACAAACACAGGAUUUGAUCGUAAUCAUACUUUUGGCAGUGCUGGAAAUUUGAUUAAGUUUUUUGCUCACCUGCCUCGAAUACAAAGGCUUGAGGUGCAGAGUUAUUUCUUGAAGUAUUUGACAGCUGGUAAAGUUCCUGGAAGACUGCCUACACCUUGUAUUGAGCUCAGCUUUCUUUCCCUAAGGAUAAAUUUCAAUGACGUAGAGGAGAGUUUGGCUGCUCUUUGCCUUCUUAGAAGUUCACCUAAUCUACAGGAGCUUGAGAUGUUGGCUCGGCCAGAGGAGCAGAGUGCCAUGAGAAUUUCUGCAAAUAUUGUGGAAGAAGAUUAUGAAAAUUGUCCAUUUAAUCAACUGCGAUUUGUUAAAAUUGCUGGCAUCUCUGGUCUCAGACAAGAACUGAAUUUUAUCAAAUUUCUGCUUGCAAAUUCACCUGUUCUCGAGAAAAUGACUGUUAAGCCUGGUUCAACCGAUGGAGGAUGGGAGUUGCUAAAAGAACUGAUGAAGGAGUUGCUCCGAUUCCGGAGAGCUUCAGUACAAGCUCAAAUUAUUUACCUGGACCCUUAAUGUAUUCUUAGCCAUUCACUGAUGGAUUCAUGCCUUUUGAAGAAUAGUCACUUGCUGACAUUAUAUCCGUCAGUUAACUUUCGAUUAUCAGUAUUUGAACCCUUACAAGAUUAGUGUUAUCAUUGGACUACCGUUGUUAAAUAAUUUGAGCCCAUUCCAGCAAAUCCAAUUUAUGAUUUUCCAUCGAUCAGAUGUGAUUAUCAAACUAGCAUACGAGCUGUGACCUUUUGUGAA